UCCCUUGGCAAUCCCUCAUUUCACCAGGCCCCCGGCUUGGGGCGCCUUCCUUCCCCAUGGCGGGACACCUGGCUUCGGAUUUCGCCUUCUCGCCUCCUCCAGGUGGUGGAGGUGAUGGGCCAGGGGGGCCGGAGACGGGCUGGGUUGAUCCUCGGACCUGGCUAAGCUUCCAGGGUCCUCCUGGAGGGCCAGGAAUCGGGCCAGGGGUUGGGCCAGGCUCUGAGGUGUGGGGGAUUCCCCCGUGCCCCCCACCGUAUGAGUUCUGUGGGGGGAUGGCAUACUGUGGGCCUCAGGUUGGAGUGGGGCUAGUGCCCCAAGGCGGCUUGGAGACCUCGCAGCCGGAGGGCGAAGCAGGAGCCGGGGUGGAGAGCAACUCCGAGGGGCCCUCCCCGGAGCCCUGCACCAUCCCCCCUGGUGCCGUGAAGCUGGAGAAGGAGAAGCUGGAACAAAACCCGGAGGAGUCCCAGGACAUCAAAGCUCUGCAGAAAGAACUCGAGCAAUUUGCCAAGCUCCUAAAGCAGAAGAGGAUCACCCUGGGAUAUACACAGGCCGAUGUGGGGCUCACCCUGGGGGUUCUGUUUGGAAAGGUAUUCAGCCAAACGACCAUCUGCCGCUUUGAGGCUCUGCAGCUUAGCUUCAAGAACAUGUGUAAGCUUCGGCCUUUACUGCAGAAGUGGGUGGAGGAAGCUGAUAACAAUGAAAAUCUUCAGGAGAUAUGCAAAGCAGAAACCCUCGUGCAGGCCCGAAAGAGAAAGCGAACCAGUAUUGAGAACCGAGUGAGAGGCAACCUGGAGAAUUUGUUCCUGCAGUGCCCUAAACCCACACUUCAGCAGAUCAGCCACAUCGCCCAGCAGCUUGGGCUUGAGAAGGAUGUGGUCCGUGUGUGGUUCUGUAACCGGCGCCAGAAGGGCAAGCGAUCAAGCAGUGACUAUGCACAACGAGAGGAUUUUGAGGCUGCUGGGUCUCCUUUCUCGGGGGGACCAGUGUCCUUUCCUCUGGCCCCAGGGCCCCAUUUUGGUACCCCAGGCUACGGGAGCCCUCAUUUCACUGCACUGUACUCCUCGGUCCCUUUCCCUGAGGGGGAAGCCUUCCCCCCUGUCUCUGUCCCCACUCUGGGUUCUCCCAUGCAUUCCAACUGAGGUGCCUGUCCUUCUAGGAAUGGGGACAGGGAGAGAGAAGCUAGGGAAAGAGAACAUGGAGUUAGUGCCAGGGCUUUUAGGAUUAAGUUCUUCAUUCACUAAGGAAGGGAUUGGGAACACAAAGGGUGAGGGCAGGGGAGUUUGGGGCAACUUGUUAGAGGGAAGGUGAAGUUCAAUGAUGCUCUUGAUUUUAAUCCCCACAUGUAUCACUUUUUUCUUAAAUAAAGAAGCCUGGGACACAGUAGAUAGAUGCAUUUA